UUCGGGUCGGGUGACGUUGUCGCGCGCCACGGUUGUGUGUUGACUUUGGGGAUGCUUUCGGACGACAGCGCACGAGCACACACGUACACACACACACACACACACACACGCGCGCAUGCACAGACAGUAAGCAUCCAGGACAACAUCUAAGAAGUUGCUGGAGGAGGUUUGACCUUCAACAAGAGAAGGAGAAAAGUAUCUCUGCUUUACACCAGUGAUGCACGUGCCAUUGCAAUAGAACCUAGAGGAGGAGACUUUUUCUCUCCUGCCUGCUCCUCCAUGGUCAUGGCAUCUUCUGUCCUCCUGCACCUCCUUGUCCUUUCCGUGUGUGUGUGCGGCAGUGCCGAGGUCAACAGCAGCUCUAAGCGGAGCUGUAUGGAUAAGGUCAAAUGUGCCAGUGGGAUUCUACUUCCUGUUUGGCUCCCUCACAACCCGCCGCUGCCCCAGCAGGUGAUCCGUGCAAUCAUCUACUUCCUGUGUCUGCUCUAUAUGUUUCUCGGCGUGUCCAUCAUCGCUGACCGCUUUAUGGCCUCCAUCGAGGUCAUCACCUCGCAGGAGAGAAAGGUGACCAUUACAGGCGCGAACGGGGAACAGACAGUGACGACUGUGCGAAUAUGGAACGAAACUGUAUCCAAUCUCACUUUGAUGGCCCUCGGCUCGUCCGCUCCAGAGAUCCUGUUGUCAGUUAUAGAGGUGUGUGGACACGGCUUCGAAUCAGGUGAGCUCGGCCCUGGAACAAUCGUGGGCAGCGCUGCCUUUAACAUGCUCGUGAUCAUCGCAAUCUGUGUGUCCGUAAUCCCGGAUGGUGAAGUGAGAAAAAUUAAACACCUACGCGUGUUCUUCAUCACCAGUUUCUGGAGCAUCUUCGCCUACAUUUGGCUCUUUCUCAUCCUUUCCGUCCUGUCCCCAGGAAUCGUUGAGGUGUGGGAAGCCCUGCUGACCCUCUUCUUCUUCCCCAUUUGUGUCUUGAUGGCAUGGAUUGCAGACCGGCGGCUCCUCUUUUACAAAUAUCUUCAUCGACGUUAUCGUGCUGACAAGCGCCAUGGCAUCAUUGUUCAGACGGAGUGCGAUAUGGCACCCAACGGCAUUGACAUCAUCAUGGAGGGGAAAUUACAUGGCAACGCCAAUGGUGGUCCUAGCAAUGCCGCCAGCAACAUCAGCAACAUAGAGGCAGGGAAAGACCCUGAGCAGGAGCGUGAGGAGGUGAUCCGCUUGCUGCGUGAACUGCGCCAGAAACACCCUGAUAAAGAUUUGGACCAGUUGAUUGAGAUGGCCAACUACUCGAACCUGCAGAAGCAACCUAAGAGUCGUGCGUUUUACCGUGUACAGGCCACACGCAUGAUUAUCGGAGCUGGAAAUGUGUUAAAGAAGCAUGCUGCAGCAGAACAAGCCAAGCGAGCAUGCCUGAACACCGGCCUCGAGGACGAUCAGGCGACUUGCGCACAUGUGGCCUUUGAGCAGGAUCGUUAUUGCUGCAGCGAGAACUGUGGCCAGCUAAGCAUAUGGGUUACACUAUCAGGGGGUACCGGUUCUGGAACAUUCCAAGUGGACUAUCGGACUGAAAACGGCUCGGCCAAAGCCGGAGUGGAUUACGAUCGUUGUGAGGGAACGCUGGAGUUUCAACCUGGAGACACACGCAAGGAGAUAAAGAUUAGAAUCAUCGACGACGAUGUUUUCGAGGAAGACGAGCAUUUCUUUGUCCAUCUCUCGAACCUGCGCGAGCCAGGGGUUGAAUCCACAGAGGCCGGCAGAUUGGUGGAACCGCUGGUUGCCACAGUAACGAUUCUCGAUGAUGACCAUGCAGGCGUUUUCUCGUUCGGCCGACGUGAGCUCCUUGUAGCCGAGUGCGCUGGUGUCGCUGAAGUAACUGUUACUCGGGAGUCGGGCACCCGAGGCACCGUGGUCAUCCCUUUUCACACAGAGGACGGAACGGCGCACAGUGGAGUCGACUACCAACAAGUACACGGUGAACUGGAAUUCAGCAAUGAGGAGAGCUGUAAGACAUUACAGGUGCCCGUCAUCAAUGUCCAGGAAUAUGAUAAGCGGGAAAACUUUUACAUUGUCCUUGAAGAACCUCGGUGGCUCAAGAGAGGAAUUUCAGAUUUGUUGUUAAAUCAGGGAUCUCCCAGUGCUGAGCAGGACGAGGCCAGAAAGAUUGCUGAGAAGGGUCGGCCGGUGCUGGGGGAACACAGCAGGCUGGAGGUCAUUAUCGAGGAGAGCAUGGCCUUUAAGAUCCGUCAGGGAAUGGCCCCCAAUGGCACGAUAGACGCGGUAGAGAAGCUUCCACCCCUCUGCAUGAGAUGUGUUCAAGGAUUGGUAGAUAGUUUCCUGAACACAGUUGAUCGUCUGUUAAAGGACACUAACCUGGCUGAAGUUAUUGGAACCCAUUCAUGGAAAGAACAGUUCACUGAAGCUGUCACUGUCAGUGCAGGUGAAGGUGAUGAGGGUGAAGGAGCCGAGCCCCGCCGGCCGUCCUGCUGUGAUUACUUCAUGCACGUGAUGACCGUGUUCUGGAAGCUGGCGUUCGCCUUCAUCCCACCCACCGAGUACUGGAACGGCUGGGCCUGCUUCAUCGUCUCCAUCUUCGUCAUCGGCUUCCUCACAGCCAUCAUCGGAGACCUGGCGUCUCAUUUCGGCUGCACUGUGGGACUGCGGGACACUGUCACAGCCCUGGUGUUCGUCGCCCUCGGCACCUCCAUCCCGGACACGUUCGCGAGUAAAGUGGCGGCAGUUCAGGAUCAGUACGCCGACGCCUCGGUGGGAAACGUGACAGGGAGCAACGCCGUGAACGUCUUCCUGGGGAUCGGCGUGGCCUGGUCCAUCUCGGCCAUCUACUGGAAGGUCAAAGGUCAGGAGUUCCACGUGGAGCCGGGUUCGCUCGCCUUCUCCGUCACACUCUUCACCAUCUGUGCCUUCAUCAGCAUGGGCGUGCUCAUGCUGCGACGACGCCCCUCCGUGGGCGGUGAGCUGGGCGGGCCCAAAACCCUCAAGAUCCUCACGUCCCUGUUGUUCAUUGGCCUGUGGCUCCUCUACAUCACCUUCUCCAGCCUGGAGGCAUACUGUCACAUCACGGGCUUCUGAGAACACACACAUUUUUGUACAGGAAAGAACUUUUUUUUCCACAAAGCGAGAGGCCUUUGUCUUCAUCAUUAUUAUCAUCAUCAUCAUCACCAGCUUCAUCUACAGGUGUGGAUCUACUCUGACUCUUUUUAUUUAUAAAAUGUUUUAACAGGACAAUGUCAUCCUGUAGGAGGAAACCAGAAUAUUCCACAUGACUGGUGACUGUGAAGCAACAGACUGAACGAGUGAAACGAAUGAACACAGCUCUUUUCCCCCGCUUGUUGUGAAUAUUAUAUGAUUGUAAUAUUUACUCACAUUGAACGGAUGUCGCACUAAACACACGUCAGCAUUAACAGUAAACUAAUAGUACAAAUCGUGCACAGUCUCCUGUUCCAGAGAAUGAUAUCAGAUUUUGUAGCACAUUUAAAGCUAAAAGAUCUCGGAAUAUCGUUAUAGAUUAAUUAGUAUUUAUUAAAGAUUCGACUGAUGUCCCUGAUAUGGUGUCCCUAACGGUUCUCUCCAAGGUUCUCUUCAAGGGUCUGUCAUACCAUGUUUUCUAUUUUCCACCUUUCCCUUUCCCCCGUUCUCGCUUACCAUUGUUAGAUCUUUGAUUCAAAUCACAAUUCGGCAAAUGGUCGCCAGUUCUUAUUCAACCUCCUUUUCUAUCAAGCUCCUUCUUCUUCCAUCACGUAUUCAUUUUUCCCGUUCUUGAUCAUCUCUUUUCCAGUUCCCUUGUUCUGCCUUUUCUAUGUUUCCUCAUUAGAUCUUUCAGAUUCAAAUCCAGAUUCAGAGUUAAUGUAGAAGUUAAUUUUUAGAAGUAACACCGUAUUCUUCAAGGUUCAAUUUCAGGCCCUUUUUUUUUUUUUUUUUCAAGACCUCAAAAAUGUCAGCAUUUACAAACAUACAUAUCGAUCAGUACAGAUUUACAGAAGAUGCAUAAAUUAGUAUAAAUUCAAACAAAAUAACUUUUUAAGGUUUUAUCCUGGUUUGAUUGCUCUGUAUGGACCUUGACGCAGAUUUAUUGUUUGGUUUAUAUGUAAAUAAAUUUACAUAUUAUUAUUUGGAACACUGUGUUUUUAUCAUCUUCAGAUUACAGUAGCGUUUGAUGGCCUGCAGACAUAAAGGCCUUGAGUUUGACUGCUAAA